UGAAAUAACACGAUACAGACCAAUAACGUUAAUGCGGUUUAUCCGUUGCUAUCUGUGGAAUUGUGUAUUGGCAUAAAAUACUUGGUUUGACCAAUUUCAGGCGUUCUCAUCUUAAGAGUCUAGGUAGAAACACAUUAAAAGCCAAAAUGACCGACAGGAAGGCCGUUAUCAAGAAUGCUGAUAUGUCCGAGGAGAUGCAGCAGGAUGCUGUGGACUGUGCUACCCAGGCUCUCGAAAAAUACAACAUUGAAAAGGACAUUGCUGCCUACAUCAAGAAGGAAUUCGACAAAAAGUACAACCCAACCUGGCAUUGCAUCGUUGGCCGAAACUUCGGUAGCUACGUCACCCACGAGACGAAGCAUUUUAUUUACUUCUACCUUGGACAGGUUGCCAUUCUUCUCUUCAAAUCUGGUUGAAGUGGUUGGAAGACAAGAACUUUUGUUAUAGUUACAGCAUUAUUUUCAUUCCAGCAGCAUUUAUUAUUGUGACAAUCUAAGUCUUUUGAGAACUGUUUAAUUAUUAUGAACUAGGACCAAAGAUGAAACUGAUAGUAGCUGCAGCAUUGUUUUAUUACUUUGCAUUAUUUUUUUUAAUUGUGACGAUCUAAGUCUUGUGAGAAACAUGAAUAACUGUGAACUUAAAUCAAACAUGAAACAGACUAGUUAAAACUAAUAAACUCUCUGGAAUUUGCUGAUCUUGCCAAAAUGGAACAAAGUAAUAACACUUGGUCUAAAAAAAUUUUACACAACUAACUACAAAGCAAAUGACACUGCCUCAUUUUGUGUGAUUAUUAUUUAUUUAUUGAAAUAUUUUUGUUAAGAAAUAAAAAGAAAGACGUGGAAUUACUAGUCAUUUUCCAGUGUACACUGCAGUCUCACUCCAUUAUGGAGCAUGCAGAUGUUUGGGCUAGCCAAGUUGUUAUGCAUGGCUGAGCUCUGUUAAGUUGUUAUUAUCAUGUUAAAAACUGAACAUGCAUUUCUUGUCUGUUCUGUUACUACAGAUAAAAUAAGUUAAAAUGUU